AGUUUAUGAAAUAAUUCAAUGAUCUUAGUUGUCUCUAUAUUUUAUAUAUUUUCUCAAUUGUCGUGCAAUGAUUUUAUAUGAAAAGUUUACUAAACUAAAAAUAAUUCAUUUAGGUAUAAAGUAAAUAGAUUUAAAAACUAUCAGUCAGUAUUAAAAUAUUAUAAUUUUAAUCAACUAUUAUACAAAAUAUAAAAUGUAUGUAUCUACACCAUCACGUAAAAGGAUUUUAUUUUCUUCAUUUACAAUCACGAGAUGUGGGCCUUGUUCAAUAUUAAUGAGCGUAAAUGAAUCUUGUACUUGUCCAGAUGGCAAUAAAAAAAACAUGACAUCCGUUAAUGUAUGGGUUACAAUGACGUUUAUAUUAUGAUUAUAUAUUUACAUUUAUUGACUAAGGGACAUACAAAUUACAAAUUCACUAUCCAGAAAUUACAACGAUGUAUUAACUAAGUUUUAAUUUAAUUUUUGCUUUGAACGUAUUAACAGAAUCUGUCAUUUCCGUGUAAAGAAGUAGUCAAGUCAUUUUUUUGGUUACGGAAAAUUGAAUUCGAUCCUUGCAACCUUUUGUUUCAAGAAACGUUUACGUCGUAUGGUUUGUGCUACUCAUUCAAUAUGAUGCCAAUGAGAGAUUUAUUGAACGGUGUUGACGAAUGGUCGCAGGAGUCCAAUAACUAUAGUUGGAAAAAGUAUCAAAGUAGCUGGAAGCCGGAUACCGGAUAUAAUAGCGAUGCGCUGACUAGUCAUUUGCCAUUGAGGACGUUUGGUGACGGUGACUAUCACAGUGCUACUAUGGAAUUAGAACUUCACACCGAAGACAUGAACAAAGAAUGUGCACAUGGGUUGGACGUAUUCUACAUAUUGAUCCAUAGUCCAGCUGAAUGGCCUGACAAGUCACAUCCGACAUUAUUAGCCAGCAUCAAUAUGAUCACGACUAUUUCAAUUAAACCGGUUUUGCUUACUACCGCUAAAGAGCUAAUACCGUGGGAUCCCAAAAUAAGGCAUUGUUACUUUCAAAAUGAGAGUAAAUUAAAAUUUUUCAAAGUUUACACUCAAAAUAAUUGUGUCUUAGAGUGUCGCAGCUUUAGUAUAUUGUCACAGUGUGGUUGUGUGCCUUUUUACUUUUUAAGAAUGAAAAAUACGCCAGUUUGCGGACCUGCUAAAAUGUCUUGUUGGGUGACUGCCUCACAGGCUUCGUCAGAUUCAUGUGAUUGUUUACCAGGGUGUACUGAGUUUUUUUUCAAAACAUCGUCAAUGAAUGCACAGCGCACGGAAAAUGCUCAAAAAAAUAAAAAUAACCUAUUAUCUAGUUCUUUGAUAUUAAGUGUUUAUUAUCAAAGUAAAAAUUUCAUCGGACUUAAUCGAAUAAUGACUUUUACAUUUGGUCAAUUUAUGGGUAACGUAGGUGGAAUAAUGGGAUUGUGCUUGGGAUUUAGCUUUUUGAGUUUGGUUGAAAUUAUUUAUUUUUUAACACUCAGACCAUUCGUAAACUUUUGUAACUCGAAAAAAAAAUUGAAAAAAGUUGCUCCGACACUCGGAUUUGAAGAAGAGUAAGAAGAGUCGAAUUGAUCUGAUUUAGUUCAAUUAAACAACAACAGUAAUAAUAAUUUGUCAGAUAUUGUUUGAAAAUUGGAGACACGUGCGCACAUUCUUAUCUACACAACGUAAUACAUUAUCAAUUUUAACUAUACACAUUUAUUAUUAGAUUUUCUGUAUUUAUAUAUAAUACAUUUGUAUUGCAC